AUGCCACCCGCCCUCCACCCUCUACACGCCCAGGUCUCUUCAGCCCUCCAAUCGCGACAUCACAUCCCCGUCGACGCGCAAUGGCUAAACGACUUCCUCACCUCCCGCGGGCCUAACCCGCCGCCUCUCCCGGCCCUGAUCUCGACAGCCCACUUCCGCAUCCUAGCCAGCGACAUCACGACGUCAAUCUCCCCCAACAGCGCUGCGACAUUCCCCGAGGACGCGAGCGACGUGACGAUCCGCGACCGACGCCUUCAAGACCACGUCAUCGUGCAGGUGCUGGACGUGCACGACGUGGGGAGCAGCAAGUUCAGCCAGAUCGAGGCGAUCGAACGCGUCGAGCGCGGCGAGGAGAUUCGCGGCCGCGAAGUCAUCAGGAGUGUGCGUGUCGAUCAUGAUGGGGAGGAUGAGGACGGUGCUGGCGUCGCUACCAGUACCACUACCACUACUAACAGCAACAAUGCCGCCACUGCCACUGCCACUGCCACUGCCACCACCACCACCACCUCUACAAACCCGCCGACGAAGUUGAAGUUAACGUCCGGGCCUCACAAGCUGGUGGUCCAAGAUGCAAAGGGUACGCGCAUGUUUGCCUUGGAAGUCGACAAGGUGCCCAAACUCGGGGUGAGCGUGAGCGCGGGGGCCAAGCUUCCUCCUCCUGCUGGUACUGGAACUGGAACUUCUAGCAGCGGCGUCAGCGCGGACGAUCCGGGAAUGUUCAUCGGGUGCAAGCUGUUACUACAGCCUGGGACGGUGGUCCGUCGAGGGAUGAUCAUGUUGGCGCCGGAGAAUUGUUUGGUGAUGGGAGGGAAAGUCGAGGCUUGGGAUAAGAAAUGGAGGGAGGGCCGGAAGGGGAGGCUGGUUGCCUUGUUGGCGGAGGAGAAUUCAGAUUCGAGUUCGCGUGCGAAUGCGAAUGCAAAUGGUGUUGCUGCGGGUGGAUGA